AUGGAAUUGAGAAAUGUACUUCUUUCCCAGCUUUUCUAUCAUGAAAAAACUAUUCCAAGCUUGGAAUCAACUCAUCCUCAAGAAAGACUCUACCGCACAAAGGUUCUUAUAGUUUUAGAUGAUUUGGACGAUGCAAUAUCCCAAUUAAAUGAAUUGUUACCUAAAGGGUACAAGUUUGGUGCUGGAAGCAGAAUUAUUGUCACAACUAGGGAUGCACAAUUGGUUAAAUCAAGGACAAAUAGAGUUUACGAGGUUGAGAGGUUAAAUGAUGUUGAAGCUCUUAAGCUCUUCCGCUUACAUGCUUUUGAAAAUAAUUGUGGUCUUAAAGGAUAUGAAGCUUUAUCAAAAAAUGUGGCCGAUUAUGCAUAUGGCAAUCCAUUAGGUUUUGAAGGCUUAGGUUCUUCACUUCACUCCAAAAGCAUUGAAGAAUGGAGAGAGAAUCUUGUUGAACUUGUUAUGCCUAAGAGCCAACUUGUGGAGCUAUAUUGGAAUGAAGACCAGCCCAUUGGGAAGUUGAAGAAAAUCAAUCUUAGUUACAGUGAAGGUCUUAUUCAAAUACCAAAUAUGAGUGGGGCUAUGAAUCUUCAAAGUAUAGAUCUUCAAGGUUGUACAAGUUUAAUUCAAGUUCCUUCAUAUUUUAAGAAUCUGGACAAGCUUCAGCUUCUAGAUUUGGGCUGUAAGUAUCUGAAAGAUGGCACUGAAAAUCUUCCAUUGCAUAUAAGGGAUUUAAAAUUGUCAGGGACCGCAAUUGAAGUAUUGCCCUCAUCAUUUGUGUGUCUUUUGGAUCUUAUAUAUUUAGAUUUGGGAGGCUGUAAGGAUCUGAAAGAUGGCAUAGAAAAUCUUCCAUUGAAGAUAAGGAAUUUAACAUUGGAUGGAACAGCAAUAGAAGUAUUGCCCUUAUCAUUUGGGUGUCUUCUGGAUCUUAAAUUUUUAAGUAUGAGUGGCUGUAAGAAUCUGAAAGAUGGCAUCGAAAAUCUUCCGUUAAAUGUAAAGGAUUUAAAACUAUCUGGGACAGCAAUAGAAGAAUUGCCCUCAUCAUUUUGGUGUCUUUUAAAUCUUGGAGUUUUAGAUUUGAGUGGUUGUAAGAAUCUAAAAAAUGGCAUAGAAAAUCUUCCAUUAAAUAUAAUUAUAUUAAGACUGUCAGAGACAACAAUAGAAGCAUUGCCUUCAUCAUUUAGGCGACUUUUGAACAUUGAAUAUUUAGAUUUGGUUGAUUCAGAAAUCCGGAAGCUGUACAAAACAUUUCGAUGGCACACACGGACCAACAUAAUUGCUAAUCGUUUACGCCGUAAAAUUCCUUAUAUUCAGGAUAUAGCAUGUCUUGACACGGUGUAUCCAGGAGAUGAAAUCCCAGAGUGGUUCAGCCAUCAAAUUGAUUAUGGGAACUCACUCCAUUUCCACCUUCCUCCUAAUUGGUUUCAUGAUAUUAAUCAUCCCCGCUUCAAAUUUGUUUAUUGCAUUGUUUUGUUAAAUAGAACUGGGCAGAAUGCUUUCCUCGGAUUUGAAUCCAAAUUCAAAACCAACAUGAACCGUGAUGACCGUCCUUAUGUUUAUCAGGCACCAUUAGCAAGCUUAACGUUGGGUACCAUUUGUCCAGAUCACGUCUUCAUGUGUUACUGGGAGAUUGAUUUGAUACGCGUAUUUGGGGCAGAGUGGUCCUGUGUUCACAUCAAUGUCAUCGAGGCUUCUUGCCGUGCGGUUAUAGAGGGAGAAGGUGUCAUCAAUUGGGAGACCAAAAAGUUUAGGUUGGAGUUGGGAAAUACGUGGGAUACUGCAGAUAAAAAUAAAAAAAGAUUUGGUGAAUUUAGUGGUCAACCCAAUGCAUACCAAGACAAAGUUGUGUCACGUGAUCCUCAAAUCAAUUCCAAGAGAAUCAAGGCCUCAUCAAAUGAUUAG